AUGACGUCAGUUCUGUCGUCUUUUUUCUCCCGUGAUCCUAAAGCUGGAUUCGCAUACGAACUUCCAUCCCAGAAUGAAGAUUUCAUCCAAAUAAAUGGGAUCAAGCUCGCCAAGAGCUUUCGUAAAAGUGAGCCUGAAGUAUUAGCAACAGUUCUAUGGACUUCCACGGAUUUAGCGGAGCUCAGAGCUCAAGCUCAGAAGUUGAAAACAAUGAGGCAUCCGAACAUUAUUGCUUUCCAAGAUAGUAUUGAGAUAGAAAACACAUUUUAUUUAAUAACUGAACGUUGUAUUCCUUUAUCCCAUUAUUUCCGCACAAGAGGAGUUAUUGGUGAUCAGAAAGAGUUUUUUGUCUCCUGGGGUCUCUUCCAAGUUAUGAACUGUCUGAAAUUCUUACAUGAAGCUAAUCUAAGUCAUGAGAACAUUCGUGAAGGAGUCUAUGUUACUGAAGGUGGAGAUUGGAAACUAUCUUGUUUGAACAAGAUCGUCCCUUUCCAAAAUGCUCAAAAUGACUUGAAUCAAUUAGGAAUGGUACUUUGGGAGAUUUUCAACGGCUUCAACGCUGGAGUGAGUAAGGCUCAAGCUCCGGGAAAAAUUCCCAAAAGACUCGUGGAGUUGUACAAGAAGAUUGUUGCUCCGUCCGCUUCUCGCUUGUCUGCCUCAGAACUGAUUAGAGAACAACGCAUGACUGGUGGAUAUUUCAAAAAUAAGUUCGUUGACACUCUGCUUUUCUUAGAAGAGUUUCAACUGAAAGAAUCGAGUGAAAAGCAGACGUUCUUCAUGCAUUUGAGAGAAAACUUGGAUAUCUUCCCUGAUGAUAUAGCUAAGUAUAAGAUAUUGCCAAAAUUGAUAAUGACUUAUGAAUAUGGUGAUGCUGGUCCCAACAUCCUCAUUCCACUAUUCAAACUAGGACGCUUGCUCGACGAGGAUGAGUAUCAAAAGAGAAUUGUCCCUUGUCUUGUGAAGCUAUUUCACAGCUCUGACCGAACUACUCGCGUGAAGUUGCUUGAGAGAAUCGACGAGUUCAGUGCUCAUCUAACUCCCGCUGUUGUCAACGAUAAAAUAUUCAGUAAUUUGAUCACCGGGUUCCUUGAUACUUCUCCAGCCGUCAGAGAGAGUACGGUAAAAGCAAUGGUACCUUUGGCUGAAAAAUUGAACUUCCACAAUCUCAAUGUCGAGUUGAUGAAAUAUCUCGCAAAGUUACAAGGCGGUGACGAGCAUGGUGGAAUAAGAACGAAUACUACAAUUUGUCUGGGAAAAAUCGGUUCUUUAUUAGAUCCAGCUAAACGACAACAAAUUUUGCUCAGUGCUUUCACUAGAGGAAUGAAGGAUCCUUUCCCUCCAGCCCGGCUAGCAGCUCUGCUUGCUUUGUCAGCUACCCAACAGUUUUAUUCGAUAGGAGAGAUUGCUAAUCGUAUUCUCCCUUCUCUUUCUCCUCUAUGUUGUGAUCCUGAGCAGCAAGUUCGCGAACAAGCAUUCAAAGCCAUCAAAGGUUUCUUGAGCACUCUCGAGCGUAUCAGUGAAAACCCAGAACUAGCUACGGAACAUGAAGCACAAGUACGAGCGGGAGGAAAAUCUUUAUUGAGUAGUGAUAAGGUUCCUCAGUGGGCUAGUUGGGCUCUUAAAUCCAUUUCUGGCAAAUUCUAUAAAGGACCUACUUCUCCCGAAUCUGCAGUAGCUGGAGAAAAGAAAGAAGAAGAUGAAAGAUCGCCUUCCAGAGCUUCAGAGAGAAGUGUCAACUCUGUGACACCUAGCAAAUUUAAUAAGCCAGUACCAGCAUCAACAACUGAUGCUGAUGGCUGGGGUGAUUUGGACGACGAUGACAAUUGGGCUGAUGCUGAUGAUCAUAAGGAAGCAGAGAUGAAUGCCGCUGAGAAUGAUGAAGAGGAUGAUUGGUCUUCAGGCUGGGAAACAUCGAAACCAGACCCUCUCCCAACUCCGACUCCGACUCCUGCGUCCGUUCCAGCUGUUAAGAAAAGUUUGAGAAAUCCUAAUCCUGUCAAAAAGUUAUCUGCCACAAAAGUGCCUGUCGAUAAAGUUUCUGAUAUGUUUGCGGAUACCUCCAUUACACCAACACCGAACUCUGAUUGGAAUCAGGAUACUUCCACUAAUGACUGGGAGAAUGAUGGCUGGGGUAGUGAUGAUUGGGGCCAAGCUCCUUCUACUAAACCAGCAAAAACACUUUCUCUCAAACCGAACAGAGACAAGCAUAAAUAA